UUGCGUGAUUUACUCCCCUAAAACACGUUAACGACCCCAGAUCGCUGUUUUGAUCAAUAAGGGGGGCUUCUAAGAGUCAAUACCGCAUGGUUUGCAUAUAAUCGCUGAUGUCCAAACCCUUGAAGACCUCAUGUAACUCGAACGCACGUACCGGCCUUCAACAUGAGGCUGUGACGAAGACCAAGUUUGCCACUCUGCAAUGACAGUGAAGCUGAAACCACAGCUAGCCAACAACAUGGAGGGUUUCGUGUGCAUCGUGUUCUUCUUCUUAUCUGCACUCUGUGUGGGUAUGGAGAUCAUGGCACGUAAGGCCAGGCCACCGGAGGUAUCAGCGUCCAACCCCAUCUUUCGAAAGUUCCAAACAGACUACUUCAAAGUCUAUUUCCUGGCUCUUCUUGCGGACUGGCUACAGGGUCCCUAUCUGUACAAACUGUACAGUCACUACGGGUUUGAGGAGUCACAGAUCGCAGUUCUGUACGUGUGUGGGUUUGCGUCAAGUGUUAUUUUCGGGACAGGGACGGGAGUGCUAGCGGACAGGUACGGAAGGAAAAAGCUGUGCGUGUGCUUCGCUGUGGUGUAUUCCAUAUCGUGUCUAACGAAACUGUCCAGGCACUAUGGAGUCCUGAUCCUGGGGAGAGUUUUAGGAGGCAUUUCCACAUCUCUGCUGUUCACCGCAUUCGAGUCCUGGUAUGUGUACGAACACAUAGAGACACACGACUUUCCUCCGGAAUGGCUCCCGGUCACGUUCUCGCGAGCGACAUUCUGGAACGGAAUUCUAGCAAUCGGGGCGGGAAUCGCAGCCAACAUCUUUGCAGGUCUUUUCAACUUCGGACCCGUGGCGCCCUUCAUCAUGGCAAUACCGUUACUUAUCGCAUCAGGGGUUCUUGUAAGUACAAAGUGGAAUGAGAACUACGGCACGCGCCAGAUGAGAUUCUCCAAGUUGUGCAUAGAAGGACUCCGAGAGAUCGUCAGAAGCAAGCGGAUUCUACUGAUCGGUGCUAUACAGUCGUUGUUCGAAAGCUGCAUGUAUAUCUUCGUCUUCAUCUGGACACCUGUGUUGGAUCCGUCGGGACCUCCGCUCGGCGUGAUAUUCUCCUCUUUCAUGAUCUGCAUCAUGAUUGGCUCCUCCCUGUUCCACAUCCUAACCACGAAACACGCCCGUCUUCAAGCGGUGCACGUCCUCGCCAUAUCGGUCCUCCUGGCUCUGACAUCCAUGGUGGCCUGUAUCAAAUCCACCCAUCCCCACCACGAGAAUCCGACCGUAUCGUUCCUGGCAUUCCUUCUGCUGGAGCUGGCGUGUGGAAUGUACUUCCCCUGUAUGGGAUACCUACGGAGCAGGAUCAUACCAGAGAAAAAUCGUGCCAGCGUUAUCAACUGGUUCCGCGUACCCUUAAACAGUAUCGCGUGUAUCGGACUGAUGUACCUCCACAACGAUGACGUCCUGGGCACACAUAAGAUAUUCAUCAUAUGUUCGUUACUCCUGAUGAUAGCCAUGUUAUGUGUGCUUCAGCUUUGUAUAUUCAUAAAAAACGACGACAGUUUAAGAAUACAGAUAGUAGAUACAGACACUUUGAAUGGCAACGGUGUUCAAGGAAUGGAAAGAGAUAGCCUAAUGUCUAAGAUAUAAGAAAUGGAGCUGGUUCUCUGGUGGCUAUAAUAUGUAUGUAUUUUGUUGUAGUGAUUAACUGUUUUGUAUAGUAUGGGGUUGGGGCGAAUCCAUGUGCAAUUUUCUUCCUUAGCCAUUUAACAUACAAUUCUUUUGUACUCUGUAUUUCAAAUGCUGUAUUCCAACUGCAAGCCUACAUUAUUUCAAAUAAUAGAAUUUUUUAUCGGUGAAGGUGUAAUUUUUUUCUUGUGCUUAAAUUUUUUUUGCUUUGAAGUUAAUGCUAUACUAGACUUGAAUAUUCCAAUAGAUAUGUAAUGUUUGCAUGUGAUCUUAUGUUAUGUGCUGUCACACAUUUUACCUUCAUUUUAUGACAUUAUAAUUUAUAUGCUCCAAAAUACUUACAUAUGCAAUAAACUGUCAAAAGAAUGUUUAAUUCACGAUCAUAACAUAUGCAGGUAUAAAAAUUGGAACUAUGAAAUGUGUAUUACUAUUUAUAUGACUUAUACUGUAUAAUAUGGAAUGGCAUACGGAGAACCAUUUCAUAUAUGUAUAAUAAGGAUGCAUAAGAUUCUAUUACAUUUACAAUGUGAAAUUAAAAAAGUACAGAAACGGUUAUCUUGUUAAUAAAUGGAUUCGGUGAUGAUAUACAUAUUAUUUAUCAUAUUUGCUUGUUAAAAGGGAGGCAGUUUAUAUAAUUUAGAUAUGGUAUAUACCAUUACUAAUAUGUUUUGCUUGUGUCAUGGGCCUGUAGCUUGUAUGGGAUUCUGCCUUGGGCCUCUGCUAUGACCUAUAGUUAUACAAAUGGCACAUUUGUGAACACACUACUAUUUUCAUCUUAUUUGUAUUUGAUAGAAUGAUCAGUACUUCAUAAAUUGUUACAGUGGUGAACAUUUCUAAACUGGUUAACUUCUAUUAUCUGUUCGGCCUUUUUUUUUUAAACAAAUUGAUGAUUUUGCUAACCAUAGAAUUUGAUGUCAAUGAAAUCAUAGAAGGCUGACCAUGAAGAUAUCUGUUUUAAUCAAACCACUGCCCUUUUGCUUGUAAUGCCAAAGCAGUUGUGAUUUGGCUUUGCAGAAUGAAAGAACUUAUGAUAUCAUUUUCACACAGACAUAUAUAUUCUGUCUCUUCUAUGACAUCUAUAAUGUUUGCUGCAAAUGUCACUUCAAUUCAUUUUGGAUUGUCAAUUCAAGUCAAAGCCUUUAUUUAUUCCUUGAUGACAUGUAUAUGCUCUAUGGGGGAGGGUGAGUAAUGCUUAGAUUAUUUAACCAUUUUGACUUUCUUUGAUAUUCCUUAAAAAACAUUGUUUUGACUUCCCUUGCUUGAUUUUUUUAGUGCGUUUAAUCUUUUAUUGAAAACAAAGUACUCAUGCAGUAUUUGUCGACCAUGACAGUUCUAUCAAACAUGUUGUCGGUUCAUAAGACUUUUAAGUAUGGUUCUGAUAGUGUUGUAUUGUACAUCAGCGUCUAGGUACAUAUCCAGGUACUAUUAAGUGCUAGCAUUUUUCUAUAAGGUACUGUACAUGCAUUUUGUUUUAGCUAUUCAAAUAUUCACUGUUAUGCAGAUUAGCAAAUCAUUAAUGCUGGGGACCUGUACAAUAAGUCUUAUUGCUGGCUAGUUGUGUUAUUUUCGGUAAACACGCUUCUUUGCCAAGUAAAUGAUGGUCAGUGUAAAGUUGGAAAUACUAGGGAUUUUGAAGAUCUAAUUAAUUUAUCAAAUAUCUGUUGAAGUAUAAAAUUUUGAUAAAGUAUAAUAUAAUAAGCAUGCACUUAAGCAAUGAGUUAGUAAUUAGAUAGUCUGUAUCCCAAUACCUUUCCAUAUUUACAAUGGCUAAUGUCAUUAGUAUGUUAAGAAGCUAAAUUUAUUUAUACAACAGAUGUAUGGCUUAAGUCUUCAUUUGGAAAAAA